UUGUGUACUUGGAAUUUAUGGGAGGGGAGGUGUUUUUGACCUUUGUUUUAUGAGCUGAUAUCCUUUUUUUCUUCCAUAUCAGCUAAUUAGGCAGGUCAAAGUCACCAUAUUAUUUAAAGAACCCAGUGAGGCUAAGCUUCAAGUAUGUGGGUCAUGAAUGUUACAAAAUAGUUUUUGAAAGCUGUCCAUUAAGUCUAAAGCUGCCAAUUAAGACUAAACUUGUUGAUACACCCAGACAGAAAUCUUAAAAGGGUGUGCAACAAAGAAAAAGAGGAUAAGGAAUGGAGGCUCUUAUUUAGAAAUCUUGCUUGCAGGCCAGGGAAACUCAGGUAUAAACUCUUCCUUCACACAAACCAUGUGGAAUAGGAUGUAACUUGACUGGAAAGUGAUGGUGGGCGUACUAUUCUGUGUUCCUCUACUGAGAUUCCAAGCAGCUGGGACACAGUUUGGCCUUGCUCCGGCAAGUCUUCCGUGUUCUUUUUAGAGACCCAUCUCAGAUUUUCCCCUUCUUCCCCAAACACACACUGGGUGGCGGGGAGAGAUUUUUGUUUCACACAGAUUCCAAGUCGAAGGGAAGAUGAGAAAGAAAGCAGACCAGACAGCCGCCUCUCCUAGCAGCUCGGAAGCAUCCCAGGCCCAACAAGCGGGCGGGCUCUGGGAGGCUGCGCAGUUGCGUUACGUGAUCAGUGCGCGCUGACGCCGUCCGCCGUCCCACGCGGAGUCUGCGCACUCGUGCUCGCCCGCCCUCUUCAUUCCAGCGCUUUCACUGAAGAGGAAGGUGCCGACUACACCACUGUUGCUUGCCUCUAGAAUAUGAUGGAAAAUCACCUUAUAAAACCUGAUACUAGAAAUUGCAAGAGAUCACGAGAGUUGGAGCCUCAAAUGCCAGAUAGUCCACAACUGUCCUCUCUUGGAAAAUCAGAUUCCUCUUUCUCUGAAAGCUCUGGACUAUUUUAUAAAGAUGAAGCCCUGGAGAAAGAUUUGAAUGGUGCUAUGAGCAAGGACAUUAAUCUAAUGAUGUCUUCAUAUGCAAAGAUCUUAAGAAAGGAGAGAACAGCAUGGAGAGGUCGAUUGUCCUGCUCAAGGCUAUUUAUUUGGAAAAUGGUAGGCCAAGAUUUGAAAGCAAGGAUUCUGGAACCUGGCAGAGCCUGGACCCACACUCUGAAGCAUUACACCAUGCUGCUUUUUAAAGGAAGUAGUACUUGAGAUAGACUUUGAACAAUAGAUAAAAUUUCCUUAGGGAUAAAAUGAGUGGGGAGGGCAUUCAGGGUAAAUAUGUUUUAUUUGGGAAAUCAGGAAAUAAUUGGGUUUGACUGAAUUGGUACAUAUAGGAAAGUAAAGGUCUCAUGCUUUAAACUAAAUUUUUGAAAGAUUUGAAAGAAAUGGGAUAAUAGCUAUAAUACUGAAAAAUAUUUUGCUAAAAGCAUGCAAAUCUCACUUCUUCAGAGGAAUAGUGCCCCUAUGUGUUGGUUCUUCUAGCCUAGACUUCUAUAUCACUGUUAAAGUUUUAUGAAAUAAAAUAAAGAACUGUGUUUUAUAAUACGUAGUUAGUUAUAUAUUUGACCACCCUUUGUGUUAGGCAUUACUGCUUGUGAACAUUAAAUAAGCAUGAAAUAAUAGGGACAAUUUUCAGCUCCUUAUUAUAAAAAAUAAUGAUUUUUUUUUUCUUGUGACUUUUAAACUUCAGGUAAUUUUAGACCAGAUAUCACUUUAUAAUUUAGCUUUUGACACCCUUCUAGAAAAUGUUAUGUACAUUUAUGUGUAUGCCAUUAAAAUAGAAUAAAUUAAAUUGUAGAUCCUACUAAAUGCCCCAGAAGUUGCUAUAAAAUUUUUGGGAUCACGUUCUGGUAUAUAUAAAGUACUAAGGUCAAUGUAGUUAUGAUUAUGCUGAAUGGUGGUCAUUUUUUAUCUUAACAAUGAGGUUGCUAUUAGCACAUCCGGGGUUAGUGUGUAGAUUCCAUCUUGUGAAAAGACAAGUAUUGUUCAACCAUGAGAAAUAAUAUUUAAAGUCCUGAGUUAAUGCUUAAGCAGAUUUGUACUGCAAGAAUACAAAAAAGAUUGUUGUUCAAAAAUGGAGAACCAAGGAGCUGAUGGUCUUGAAAAUGAGGAAGGAGAGAGAGGAAUUUGGAGACUAUAUUUGGCGUUAGGUUUACAUUUCCCUGAGCAGUGGUCAAGAUUAUUGGAGAAAUAGGAGUGUUUUUAGAAGACUGGUAAAAAAAAAAAUUGUGCUUUUGAUU